UGAAGGCUGUAGGCUACCCUCGGCGAGAAGGGAACCUGCUAGCACCGACCGCCCUUAUCUACCAACUGCAGAGGGCGGCUGCCGCUGCCUCUCCUCCCUGUGUGUCACGUCUUCUCCAUUCAGCCCCCAGCAUCACCGCCGACGCUGCAGGGAGGACCACCUAAAAACAAACAAACCCUAACAAAUCCCAAACUCGAGGGGCAGAGACCAAUACUCCCAAGCACGCCAUGAAGGGCGGUGCAGGCGUAUUUCCUACAUUAGAUGAAGUGUCUGGAUUCUGCUGAUGGCAUUGUCUAGAAGGAAGUGCUCCCUUGUCUGUGACUGACAAUGUUGUUAAGUCCAGAUCCUCAAAAGUAUAUAGGGGACUUCACUGUUAUAGAUAACCAAAGUUAACUUCAGGAUGCUCAAACGGAAACAAAGCUCACGUGUGGAAGCUCAGCCUGUUACAGACUUUGGCCCUGAUGAAUCUUUGUCAGACAAUGCAGAUAUCCUAUGGAUUAACAAGCCAUGGGUUCACUCUUUGCUACGCAUCUGCGCCAUCAUCAGUGUCAUUUCUGUUUGUAUGAACACCCCAAAGACCUUUGAGCAUUAUCCACCUCUUCAAUAUUUGACAUUUGCUCUAGAUACUUUAUUGAUGUUUCUCUACACUGCAGAGAUGAUAGCAAAAAUGCAUAUCCGUGGGAUAGUCAAGGGGGAUAGCUCCUAUGUAAAGGAUCGUUGGUGUGUGUUUGAUGGAUUCAUGGUGUUUUGUCUUUGGGUGUCAUUGGUGUUACAGGUGUUUGAAAUCGCUGAGAUAGUUGAUCAGAUGUCACCCUGGGGCAUGCUGCGGAUUCCAAGGCCUCUUAUUAUGAUACGAGCAUUCCGGAUAUAUUUUCGCUUUGAGCUUCCAAGAACCAGGAUAACAAAUAUUUUAAAGCGUUCUGGAGAGCAGAUUUGGAGUGUUUCAAUUUUCCUUCUAUUCUUUCUGCUUCUGUAUGGAAUUCUAGGAGUUCAGAUGUUUGGAACUUUUACCUAUCAUUGUGUAACGAAUGACACCCAGCCAGGAAAUGUAACCUGGAAUAAUUUAGCUAUCCCAGAUACCCACUGUUCCAGAGAGCUAGAAGAAGGUUACCAGUGUCCAGCAGGAUUUAAGUGCAUGGACCUUGAAGAUCUGGGACUAAGCAGGCAAGAGCUGGGCUACAGUGGCUUUAAUGAGAUAGGCACAAGCAUAUUUACCGUUUAUGAAGCUGCUUCUCAGGAAGGCUGGGUGUUCCUUAUGUAUAGAGCAAUUGACAGUUUUCCCCGAUGGCGUUCAUACUUCUAUUUCAUCACCUUAAUUUUCUUUCUUGCCUGGCUUGUUAAGAAUGUGUUCAUCGCUGUCAUCAUUGAAACAUUUGCUGAAAUAAGAGUGCAAUUCCAGCAGAUGUGGGGGUCCAGAAGCAGUACCACCUCAACUGCUACUACCCAGAUGUUUCAUGAAGAUGCUGCUGGAGGAUGGCAGCUAGUGGCUGUUGAUAUGAAUAAACCCCAGGGCAGAGCUCCAGCAUGUCUACAGAAACUGAUGAGGUCAUCAAUAUUUCAUAUGUUCAUACUGAGCAUGGUGGCAGUAGAUGUCAUUGUUGCUGCUAGUAAUUACUACAAAGGAGAGACUUUCAGAAGACAACAUGAUGAAUUUUACCUAGCUGAGGUUGCUUUUACAGUUCUCUUUGACUUAGAAGCUCUUCUGAAAAUCUGGUGCUUGGGCUUUACUGGAUAUAUCAGCUCAUCUCUUCACAAAUUUGAACUGCUGCUUGUAAUUGGAACUACUCUUCAUAUUUAUCCAGACCUCUACCAUUCCCAGUUUACAUAUUUUCAGGUGCUUAGGGUAGUUCGACUUAUAAAGAUUUCUCCUGCUUUGGAGGAUUUUGUGUAUAAGAUAUUUGGCCCUGGAAAAAAACUUGGGAGCUUGGUUGUAUUCACUGCCAGCCUUUUAAUUGUAAUGUCAGCAAUUAGUUUACAGAUGUUCUGCUUUGUGGAAGAACUGGACAGAUUUACAACUUUUCCAAGGGCAUUCAUGUCAAUGUUCCAGAUCCUUACACAGGAAGGAUGGGUGGAUGUCAUGGAUCAGACUCUUAAUGCUGUAGGACAUAUGUGGGCACCUGUAGUUGCUAUUUACUUUAUACUUUAUCAUCUUUUUGCUACACUGAUUUUGCUCAGCUUGUUUGUUGCUGUUAUUUUGGACAACUUGGAACUUGAUGAAGAUCUAAAGAAGCUUAAACAACUAAAGCAAAGUGAAGCUAAUGCUGAUACUAAGGAAAAGCUUCCACUGCGUCUACGUAUAUUUGAAAAAUUUCCUAACAGGCCACAAAUGGUGAAGAUCUCCAAGCUUCCUUCAGAUUUUACAGUUCCAAAAAUAAGGGAAAGUUUUAUGAAGCAGUUUAUUGAUCGUCAGCAGCAGGAUACAAGCUGCUUAUUGCGAAGACUUCCUUCGGCAUCUUCUUCCUCAUGUGACCACUCCAAAAGAUCUGCAAUUGAAGAAAACAAGUAUAUUGACCAAAAGCUCCGUAAAUCUGUUUUCAGCAUCAGGGCAAGAAAUCUUCUGGAAAAGGAGACAGCAAUCAAUAAAAUCCUUAGGGCCUGCACUAGACAACGCAUGCUGAGUGGAUCCUUUGAGGGGCAACCUGCAAAGGAAAGGUCAAUACUUAGUGUCCAGCAUCACAUACGGCAAGAGCGCAGGUCACUGAGACAUGGUUCCAACAGCCAGCGAAUCAGCAGGGGAAAAUCUCUUGAAACCUUGACUCAAGAUCAUUCUAAUACAGUGAGAUACAGAAACGCACAGAGAGAAGACAGUGAGAUCAAGAUGAUCCAGGAAAAAAAGGAACAAGCUGAAAUGAAAAGGAAAGUCCAAGAGGAGGAGUUGCGAGAGAAUCAUCCAUAUUUUGAUAAGCCACUUUUCAUAGUUGGUCGAGAACACAGAUUCAGGAACUUUUGUCGGGUGGUUGUGCGUGCUCGCUUUAACGCUUCUAAAACAGAUCCUGUUACCGGAGCUGUGAAAAAUACCAAAUACCAUCAGCUAUAUGAUUUGCUGGGAUUGGUUACUUACCUGGACUGGGUUAUGAUCAUUGUUACUAUAUGCUCCUGCAUUUCUAUGAUGUUUGAAUCCCCCUUUAGAAGAGUUAUGCGUGCUCCGACACUACAGAUUGCUGAAUAUGUUUUUGUAAUAUUCAUGAGCAUUGAGCUUAAUCUGAAGAUUAUGGCAGAUGGCUUGUUUUUUACACCAACAGCUGUCAUAAGGGACUUUGGAGGAGUCAUGGAUAUAUUUAUAUAUCUUGUAAGUUUGAUAUUCCUUUGCUGGAUGCCUCAGAACGUUCCUGCUAAAUCUGGAGCUCAGCUCUUAAUGAUACUACGAUGUCUCCGACCCCUUCGCAUUUUCAAACUGGUGCCACAAAUGAGGAAAGUUGUACGAGAGCUGUUUAGUGGCUUCAAGGAAAUCUUCUUGGUGUCCAUUCUUUUGCUGACAUUAAUGCUCGUUUUUGCAAGCUUUGGAGUUCAGCUUUUUGCUGGGAAACUGGCCAAGUGCAAUGAUCCACACAUCAUCACAAGGGAAGAUUGUCAUGGCAUCUUCAGAAUAAAUGUAAGUGUUUCAAAAAAUCUGAAUUUAAAACUAAGACCUGGAGAGAAAAAGCCUGGAUUUUGGGUGCCACGAGUCUGGGCAAAUCCUCGCAAUUUUAAUUUUGACAAUGUGGGAAAUGCCAUGUUGGCACUAUUUGAAGUUCUUUCAUUAAAAGGCUGGGUGGAAGUCAGAGAUGUCAUUAUUCAUCGCGUGGGGCCGAUCCAUGGAAUCUAUAUUCAUGUCUUUGUGUUCCUGGGCUGCAUGAUUGGAUUGACCCUUUUUGUUGGAGUUGUCAUUGCUAAUUUCAAUGAAAAUAAGGGUACAGCUUUACUGACUGUAGAUCAGAGACGGUGGGAAGAUCUAAAGAGCAGACUGAAGAUAGCUCAACCUCUUCAUCUCCCACCUCGUCCAGAUAACGAUGGCUUUAGAGCCAAAAUGUAUGAUAUAACACAGCAUCCGUUUUUUAAGAGGACUAUUGCUGUGCUUGUUUUGGCCCAGUCUGUCUUGCUUUCAGUGAAGUGGGAUGUCGAAGAUCCAGUGACUGUUCCUUUAGCAACAAUGUCUGUUGUUUUCACCUUCAUUUUUGUCCUAGAGGUCACUAUGAAGAUUAUUGCCAUGUCACCUGCUGGCUUCUGGCAAAGCAGAAGAAAUCGAUAUGACCUUUUAGUGACCUCCCUUGGUGUUAUAUGGGUGAUACUUCACUUUGCCUUACUAAAUGCAUACACAUAUAUGAUGGGUGCAUGUGUAAUUGUCUUCAGGUUCUUCUCAAUUUGUGGGAAACAUGUGACACUGAAAAUGCUGCUGCUGACUGUGGUUGUCAGCAUGUAUAAGAGUUUCUUCAUCAUUGUGGGAAUGUUCUUACUGCUUCUUUGUUAUGCUUUUGCUGGAGUAGUUUUAUUUGGCACAGUGAAAUAUGGAGAGAACAUUAACAGGCAUGCAAACUUUUCAUCAGCUGGCAAGGCUAUUACUGUACUCUUCAGAAUAGUUACUGGGGAAGACUGGAACAAGAUUAUGCAUGACUGCAUGGUUCAGCCUCCUUUUUGUACUCCAGAUAACAGCACAUACUGGAGGACAGAUUGUGGAAAUUAUGCUGGUGCUCUGAUGUAUUUCUGUUCCUUUUAUGUCAUCAUUGCAUACAUAAUGCUAAAUUUGCUUGUAGCAAUCAUUGUGGAGAAUUUCUCAUUGUUUUACUCCACCGAAGAAGACCAACUUUUAAGCUAUAAUGAUCUUAGACAUUUUCAAAUUAUAUGGAACAUGGUUGAUGACAAAAGAGAGGGGGUAAUCCCUACCUUCCGUGUGAAGUUUCUGCUGAGGUUGCUGCGUGGGAGGUUGGAGGUAGAUCUUGACAAGGACAAACUUUUGUUCAAGCACAUGUGCUAUGAAAUGGAGAGGCUGCAUAAUGGUGGAGAUGUCACUUUCCAUGACGUAUUGAGCAUGCUGUCAUACAGGUCUGUUGAUAUCAGGAAAAGCCUUCAGCUGGAAGAGCUUCUUGCCAGGGAACAACUGGAGUACACAAUAGAAGAAGAAGUGGCCAAACAAACCAUACGCAUGUGGCUGAAGAAAUGCUUAAAGCGUAUCAGAGCAAAACAGCAGCAGUCAUGUAGUAUUAUCCAUAGUCUACGAGAGAGUCAACAGCAGGAGUUAAGCCGAUUUCUGAAUCCGCCCAGCAUUGAGACAACACAGCCAAGUGAAGAUACGAAUACUAAUAAUCAAGAUAAUGCACAGCCAGAGACAAGUAGCCAGCAGCAGCUCCUUAGUCCAACGCUUUCUGACAGGGGCGGGUAUCGGCAGGACUCUACAGAUGGUGGGAAGCCUCAACGGAAAUUCGGACAAUGGCGUUUACCUUCAGCCCCCAAACCAAUAAGCCAUUCAGUGUCUUCAGUCAAUCUGCGGUUUGGUGGUCGCACAACUAUGAAAUCUGUUGUAUGCAAGAUGAAUCCUAUGGCAGAUGCUGCUUCUUGUGGAUCAGAAGUGAAGAAAUGGUGGACAAGACAACUAACUGUGGAAAGUGAUGAGAGUGGGGAGGAUCUUCUUGACAUCUGACCAAGAAAAGAGGUUAACUUAAGUCAUAUUGCAACAACAGCCAUUUCAAAUAAAAACAAUUUUCUUGGGUUUUGAAUUGAAUGAGAUAUAAUUGAUGUAUGAUUUAUUUAAAACUAAUGCCAUAGGAUUUUUCAACUGCUUUGUCUUUUUGCCAUAUAAAAGAUAAUACAGACCUGUAUGUUAGAUUUCAGCUCUAUUGUGAAGAUUACUGUAUGUUAGGAAGACUCUAUAUUAUGACAGUAUUGAUGACGCCACAGAGUCUCUAUUGUCUUUAGCAUAGAUGGAGCAUUGAAAGAUUUCAUACAUUCUGUAGCUGUAACAAAAAUUUGUAUUCAGGUAUACACUUGUGCAUUUUUUCAUCCUGUACCAUACCUGAAAAUGGCCAGCACAUUACUGUACAGCAUUUCUUUUCUUUUUAUUUUCCCUCAGUUCUAGUCUAGUAAUAUUUCUCUAGAAAGAUUUAAUUAUUCAUGAAUGACCUAAAGAGGUCAGCACUGAGUUCAUGGUAAGGGACAGUAUUUUUACAAAGUACAGAUUCUGAAUUUCAAGUCUAGUCUUUUUCUUGUAAUUUUCUUAAAUAUGCAAAUACAAUAUAGCUGAUUUUAAAAUCAGAAAAUGAUGGAUUGGCUUUUAAAAAUUGGAAUUUUUUCUUCUGGUUAAUUAUGUAUAGAGUUUGAUUUUCAUAAGAAAUCAGCCAAAAAAUUACAUGGGUUAAGAAUUUGCAAAAGCAUCUACACAUGGUGUGUUUCAUUAAUGACCUGGAAAAACAAAAAUAAAUCCUACAUAAAGUGAAAACUUGAAUGGAUUGCUAAAGAGGAGUACAAAAGAAUUGCAAAACCAGGAAGCCUAAGGCACAAAACUAGUUACAUCUAGUAAGGGACAUAAGCAGCAAUAAGAAGAAGUUAUUUAAAUACCUUAGGAGCAUGAGAAAAACAUAGGAAAGCGUAGGUCCUCUACCCAGUGAGGAAGGAGAGCUGAUGAUAUUAAGAAGCUGAGAUGUUUAAUACCUAUUAUGCCUCAGUCUUCAUUAAAAAGAGUAAUGGUGACCAGAUACUUAAUACAAUUAAUAUUCUAACAAGAUGGAAGGAACACAAGGCACAAUAGGAAAAGUCCAGGUUAAAGAAUAUUUAGAUUAGUUAGGAUGAAUUUCAUUUGGCCCUGCCAACUUGAAUAUAUCUAAGGUACUUAAGAAACUAGCUGAAGCAAUCUCGGAACCAUUAGCAAUUAUCUUUGAGAAUUCAUGGAGGCCCCAGAGGACUGAAGAAGACCAAAUAUAGUACCUGACUUUAAAAAGGGAAACAAAGAGGACAUGGCGCUUUAUAGACUGGUCAUCCUAAUGUUGAUAUCUGGAAAGAUAUCGGAACAAUUUAUUGAACAAUCAAUUUGUAAGUGUCUCAAGGAUAAUAGGGUGA